UUACGCCAAACUAUCAUGUGAUCAUUUCAAAAUGGCAACCAACAUGUUCAGAUCGCUUUUUGUGUGUCUGUGCAUUUUUGCUAAUUUUUAUUUUUCCAGUGCUACAUGCAAUCUCCCACCACAGUUUUGGUGUGAAAAUGCAGAAAUCGCACGUAAAUGCUCGGUGUAUGAGCAAUGCAAAAAGCAAGCAUGGAGGGUAGAUGAAGAGGCUGCACCAGUCAAUUUUGCGCUGUAUUAUGAGAGUUUGUGUCCAGACUGCAAGGACUACAUCACCACCAUGGUAUUCCCAUCUUUCCAGAAAAUUGGAAGCAUCAUGAAUCUUACUUUGGUGCCCUAUGGAAAUGCUCAGGAAAAACAAGUCGGCCACAACUGGGUGUUUGAAUGUCAACAUGGUGAGAACGAGUGUCUGGGAAACAUUAUUGAAACUUGCGCCAUUGCUCUUGUAAGGAAAAUAGAAGUUUACUUUCCCUUCAUCAACUGCAUGGAGGGCAGUAAACUUUCACCUAUGUCCGCUGCUAAGCAGUGCGCCCAGCAGUUUCCUGUGCCAUUGGACUCCAUUUUGAAUUGCAGCAGAUCCACUGUGGGAAACAAUUUAGAGCAUCAGAUGGCCCUGCAGACAGAUGCCUUACAACCUCCUCAUGAAUAUGUGCCAUGGGUUACCUUGAACGGAGUACACACUGAUGCGAUACAGAAGGCAGCUGAAGCAGAUCUUGUUAAACUUAUCUGUGAUACAUACCAGGGCACCAAGCCUGCAGCAUGUAACGAGAAGCAACUGAGACACAGGAAGUUCUAAAUUUUGUCU